AGGCCACUCACUGGGGGAUCGCUCUCCCGACCAGCAAACAGAUUCCCUGACAUCUUUGGGCAAUCAGAACUCCUGAAAACCUACCCAUAUCUCCUGCCAUGCUCUAUUUCGACAAUUUUUGUAUCGAUAGCUUGGGUAGUCACGUAUUUCCGUCUUAAAGAGACCGUUUCUCGCAGGACAUCACUUUGGGAGCUAAUCGAAGGAGGAUUCUUCCGACAGUCGUAUGCAAAGUCUUGCCAGCCUUCGAGCAAUGUGCUAGUCAAUCCUGAAGAAGUCCAACCAAAGCCGCUUCCGCUGCGUGCUUUGCUAACCCCGAAAGUUUUGACCAUAGCAGCAAACUAUGCCACCACAGGCCUGUUUCACAUGGCGUUUACUUCAGUCCUACCUGUUUUCCAUGCAACACCAAUUGAACUUGGUGGUCUUUCCCUGGACCCUCCUCGCAUUGGCACUAUACUUGCGGCACAAGGUGCCGCACAUGGCAUAUUUCAGGUGGUUUUCUACGCUCGCUUACACGAUCGCUUCGGUGCAGGACCCAUCCAUACCACUGGCGUUAGCUCCGGUAUACCCAUCGUCAUUUUAUUCCCAGUGAUCAACGCUCUGGCUCGAGCCCAUGGGAUAGGUCUGGCAGUAUGGCUGUGCGUUGCCAUACAGCUUGCGUUGACGAUCAGCCUGAUUAUGUGCUACCAGAACAUGGCCUCAGCAUUAUUCAUCAGAGUGGCUGCUCCCAAACGUGCCUCACUUGGAGCAACUAAUGGAAUCACCCAGAUGUUUCUCGCAGGAGCAUGGAUCAUUGGCCCAGCAUCUGUAGUUUCGGUCUUCUCUUAUUCAACCCAGGAAGGGCAUGAUGCGUGGUUGGUAUACUACUUUUUGAUUGCAAUUGCAUUUUUCGCUAUAGGUGUUUCUCUAUUGAUUCCCCGAGAUCCUAGUUUAUGGGAAGAU